AUGCGCCGAUUCCUGGCCUAUCUCCUCCUAGCCAUCACAAAUGGCUUCGCACUUACUUCGGCUGCGGCAUCGGGCUAUCACGAGCAAUUGACGCUUCGACCUUUACCCCUGUCCCAGCUUCUAGCGAGCUUCAACUUCCGAGCCAAUACUUCGAUCGCCGACUUUGAAGCGCACAACUUUCGACUCUUCCCACGAUCGCUCGCCCAGAUUCUUCAAUACGCUGGUACGAGGGAGUUGCAUCUUCGAUUUACACUGGGACGAUGGGACGCCCAGUCCUGGGGUGCCAGACCGUGGGAUGGGACACGCGAGGGAGGCACUGGUGUUGAGCUGUGGGCAUGGCUGGAUGCUGAGACAGAUGCUGAAGCUGAUGAGAAGUGGUUGAUUCUGACCAACGCUCUGUCAGGUCUGUUCUGUGCCAGUUUGAACUUUAUCGACGAGACCAGAACGAUUCGACCCGUCAUGUCCUUCCAGCCUGAUGGCCACCAUUCCAAUUCCUCGUUGGCCAAUACCCGACUUCUCCAUGGUGUUUUACCGCAUGAAGUUGUAUGCACCGAAAACUUGACACCUUUCCUCAAAUUGCUGCCGUGCAAGGGCAAGGCUGGAAUUGCAACGCUACUGGACGGACACAAGCUCUUUGAUGCCUCCUAUCAGAGCAUGGCAAUUGACGUCAGACCCAAGUGUGAUACGGAUGGCGAAUGCUUCCUUGAGAUGGAGGAGACCGUGGAUAUGGUUCUCGAUAUUAACCGCUCCAAGAGACCUCAAAACAAUCCUAUCCCAAGACCCCCUCCUUCUCACGAGCUACUCUGCGACACCUCCAAACCAUACCACUCCGACAACACUUGCUUCCCUGCCGACAGUCUCGACGGCCAAGACUGGAGUUUAUCUCAAGUAUUUGGUCGAUCCAUCAAAGGAACAUGUCCCUUGACCGACCCCGACAUCCCUCCUGUCUGCGUACAGAUCCCCCAAUCCCGCGAUAUCUACACAACCGAGGGUGCCCGCGAGAUUAGGUCUCAGGACGGAAACUCUCGAUGCUAUAAUCUUGACGCCAAUUCUGAGCUAGCUCUGAUGCUCGUCAAGCCCGAGUCACAAGAUGAGGACAAGAUCUUGAACAAGCCCGAAACACCUCUUCUCUACGCCGAUCGCAGUUUCAACGGUCAUGGCCAGGAACAUGGUGGUGUACAGGCUAUCUUGAGUAACCCCAGCGACACCGAUGUCGAGUUCGUCUACAUGGAAUCGCUCCCUUGGUUCAUGCGCAUUUACCUCCACACCCUCUCGGCCCGCGUCGCCGAUGCUCCCUUGUCAAACUCGUCCGAUCUGAUCAAGGAGAUCUACUACCGCCCUGCUCUCGACCGUGCGCGCGGUACACAGCUCGAACUUCGCAUGCGCAUUCCUCCACACUGCACCGUCUUUCUCACCUACGAUUUUGAGAAGUCCAUCCUACGAUAUACCGAGUAUCCUCCUGAUGCGAAUCGCGGCUUUGAUGUCGCCGCCGCAGUCAUCACCACGCUUGAACCCAAGGUCCUUAACAUCCGCACUACAACGCUGCUUCUGUACCUUCCCACACCAGACUUCAGCAUGCCGUACAACGUUAUCAUUUUUACGUCAACAGCAAUCGCCCUUGCAUUUGGAGGGUUGUACAACAUCCUCGUGAGAAGAUUCGUCGGCGCUGAUGAGGCGCAGGGGAUGGCAUUGAAGGCAAAGAUCAUAGGACUUAUUGCCAGAUUAAAAGGAAAGGUUGGGAAGCAAUAG